UAUAGAAGGCGCCAGAGGACAGUUUGGCCGCAAAGCUAAAGAGGAAGAAGCGCAACGAGUGAGGCGUCGAGUGGGCGCCCGUUGCAAGCUUCUCGGCGCCGAAACCGCCAUGGACGUCUUUACCCGGUUGUCUACCUGACGGACACAUUGGGGAAUGAGCACCAAAGAAGCCGCCUCAAGCAGUGCGUUCGGCACAGUUAAAGAGCCAUGCAACAUGAGUGAAUACCAAACAGAAGAGCGCAAUGAGGAACAAUCCUACAGAGUCACGAAAAAAGCGGACAUUCGCUUUAACAUGAUGACUUUCAGGUACAAAAAGCGGAACGAGGUGGAAGGCCCGCCCGGCCAAUCGAUACCCCCGGCCAGUCAGAUCCAGGCUCAGCUGGAGGACGGCGGCGAACCAUCGUGGUUCCCCUGGCUGCGGUCGCCGACGCAGCUGCUUCUCUUCCUCGCCUCGGGCCUGCUCCACUUCGCCAUGGGACUCAUCGUGGCGCGCUCGUUCCUCAUGCCGCAAUUCGACGUCGGUACGUGCCCUGCUCCGUUGUUCCGCAAUUCCACCAACAUGUCUCCCUGGAAGGGGUGGUCAGCUUCUUGCCACGAAGCGCUGCGCUGUAGCCAUCUACAGCAUUCUGUUGAUGGAUGA